AUGUCUAGUAUAUCUCGGGUGUACGCGGACGUGAACGAUAAUAAGCCUCAGUCUUAUUGGAACUAUGAGAACCUGUCAAUUUCGUGGGGUUCGCAGUCCAACUUCGAAGUUACCCAGAAAAUUGGAAGGGGCAAGUACAGUGAAGUUUUCGAGGGAUACCGUCUUCCGACGGGUUUGAAAGUCGUCAUCAAGGUUUUGAAGCCUGUGAAGCGGAAGAAGAUCAAGCGUGAGAUCAAAAUCUUGCAAAAUUUGAAUGGAGGUCCACAGGUUAUUCAACUAUUGGACGUUGUGAGAGAUUCAAUUUCAAAGACCUCGGCAUUGGUGUUUGAGUACGUUGACAACAUCGAGUUCCGUAUACUGUAUCCACACCUUUCCGACACAGAGGUGCGCUAUUAUAUGUUUCAAGUUCUUGAAGCGUUGGACUAUGCUCAUUCAAUGGGUAUCAUGCACAGAGACGUUAAACCUCAUAAUAUAAUGAUUGACCACAAUCAAAAGAAGCUGAGAUUGAUCGACUGGGGACUGGCAGAGUUCUAUCAUGCUGGUCGCGAGUAUAAUGUGCGGGUUGCCUCCAGAUAUUUCAAAGGCCCGGAGUUGCUAGUUGACUUUAGGUAUUAUGACUAUUCUCUGGACAUUUGGUCAUUCGGGGCCACAAUUGCCUCGAUAGUGUUCCAGCGAGAACCAUUUUUCCAUGGCAAGUCAAACACAGAUCAAUUGGUUCAAAUUGCUAGAGUUUUAGGUACAGACGGGCUGUACCAAUAUUUGAAAAAAUAUAACUUGACCUUGGGUCCCCAGUAUGAGGACUUGGGACACUAUUUGAAACGGCAAUGGGUUCGUUAUGUCAACCAGAACAACCAGCAUUUGGUGAGCGACGAGUUUCUGGAUUUCAUUGAUAAGAUCCUGCGAUAUGACCACAACGAGAGAUUGACAGCCAAGGAAAGUAUGAUGCAUCCGUAUUUCGAUCCAGUGAGAAAUGUUGCCAAGACUAUAUAA